AUGGCGAAGUGGGCCGAAGACACAACCUAUAAAUUUGUGCAGGAGUAUGUAAAAUAUGAAUGCCUUUACAAUUGUAAAGACCCUAACUACAAAGUUAAGGGAGCCCGGAAUGCGGCACUUUUACAGUUAAGUAAAGCAAUGAAUAUACCGGGGUUUGGUAGUAAUGAAGCUUAUACUAAAAUAAGGAACUUGAAGUCUACGUAUUUGCAAGAGGUGAAGAAAAUCAAACAAAGAACAAAAUCUGCAGCUGGAACAGAUUGUGUAUAUAAUCCACAAAUAAAGUGGUUCACAUUAUUGGAUGACGCUAUCAAAGCUGUAAAUGGACAGUGCAGCGACUCGGGGAGUAAUAUGCAGCCGGAACCUCAAUACGAAUUACUUGAUGGAGAGGUACCUUCCACAUCCCGAUACAAUCAUUCUGCUGAAAAAAAUAACCCGGACGCAACACCUGAAUCUGAACAAAGAAAAUCGCUGAGUCCUCGUAAAAGAACAGUACGGGACCUCAGUCGUUUGGUCAAUAAAGUUAAGAACGUAGCUGACUCAAUUAACACACGCAGAACAGAAACAGAGUUUGAUAUAUUUGGGAAAAGUGUAGCAGCCCAGCUUAAAAGAUUGCCAAUGCACAAAGCAAUAGAAGCACAGAUGUUUAUCCAAAGUUAUAUUUCUAAUUUACGUCUGCAACACGGAACAUUUAACUAA